AUGUCAACGAACCUUUUUUUUCAUUUAUUUCAAAAUGCUCGUUUAACAUCUUUGAGGACUAGCGUGCGUCACUUUACAAAACAAGUUCGACAAAUAACUAAUAGUAACGUAACUACUAAUUUGAUAAAUACAAACGGAAAGCCAAGUCCAAAGUCUCCUAAACCAAAAAAACCUUCUUCAAUAGGAGUAAAAGAGCCACCUAGCAUUAUGCAUAAAACAGAAGCGAAAACAUGGUUAGAGAAGCUAAAGUUUUCCUUUAGUAUAGAGUCGAACGUUAAGACAAGAAAGUAUUU